UAGUCAUUUAGCAGCGUUUCAUUCGUUCGUUCGUUUCGUUCGCGCUUCGUUGUAGACCGCUACUGCUGCAUAAAUGAUAUAGGUACCUACAUACCUACAUAUCGGGUUGAUUUCCCCGGUCGGUUGCUUUUCCUUCAACGUAAUUUCUUUGGUCGUCAGUUUGUAGUCGUCGCCACGGUAGACAGUCGUGUUUGUUUUCCCUUAAUGCUCUGAGAGACCUACGCGUAGAACGUUCUUGUCGAUGAUGAUGACGUGAGUGUUAUUCGAUAACUUUCUGUUUGGUGUAAUCGUGGCAAGUUAAAUAACCGUUUAUUUCCAUUUUGCGUAUACUUUGUUGGUUGCGUUUCGAACGGAAACGUUAAUCAGUGUCAGAAGAGUGUUUUUAUCUAUAGUCAGAGGUUUUUGUUUGUGUAGAUUUCGUUGAUAUCGAAAAAGUGACCGAAUAUAGUGGUUGGUGUAAGAUAAAAAAAUCGAAGAUAACGAAUUUCACAACUGCGUGAUAGCCGGCGAAAGUCCCAAUAUCGUGGAAUUGAAAUUUGUGAAGCCAGUAAAACAUUGUUUCGUUGAAUCGGUUGCACAAGCCGGUUGCAGUAGAGCAAAGCAGUUGCACAAGUUGUGCGCCGACAACAAUAUCACAAAGUUCAACGGAAUCCCCUCUUCUGCUUUCUUGCGUUAAGAAACCCUUUAUCGCAUGGGAUUCCCUCUGUAAACGCAUAACCUACGUGAUACUAAAAAUAAAAAUCCCCGGAUAAUGAAAUUUAAUGUGCGUGGCUGCAGUUAAUUAAUGGAAGAAAGGUGUUAGUUCUGUGCCGUACAUUUUGACACGUAGCCCGAAGCUAAUGGAGCAUAAAGAAACCACGAUAAAGUGAGAGAUUGUGUUGAGUGUGAUAGCAAAAAGCAUUCUUUUCGUGUGCGUACGCGGCUGGCGGGUGCUAACGGCGCAAAAAUGUCCGACAUCUGUGAUUUUGAGUGGUCCAACAACCGGUUCCGGCACAAUCUAACCAUUUCGGACCUAAAGGGGUACAAUAAAAAUGAGCCCACCGAUCGAAUUCGUGCCUUAAAAGCGCUGAAAGAACUAAUAGGGGCCAGUAUGGAUUAUGCACUGAAAGAUAAGUCUUGCUUCCAAGAUGAUGAGUUUCUGUAUCGGUUUCUGUACGCGCGCAAAUUUAACGUAAACGAUGCGUUCCAGCUUGUGAUAAACUAUCAUGCCUAUCGGCAACGUAAUGGUCCGCUUUUGCAAAGAUUAUCAGUUUUGGACGAAAACAUUCAGCUGGCACUCAGGGAUGGCUUUCCGGGUGUUCUCCCGAACAGGGAUCGACGGGGCCGCAAAGUGCUGAUAUUCUUGGCCGGAAAUUGGGAUUACUCGUCGUACUCGCUAGUCACUGUGUACAGGGCGAUGCUAAUUUCGAUGGAAAAACUUUUGGAUGACAAACAGAAUCAAGCGAACGGUUUCAUCGCCAUUGUAGAUUGGACUAACUUCACAUUCCGACAAUCAUCAAACUUGAAUCCAAAAAUUUUGAAGCUGAUGAUCGAAGGUCUUCAGGACUGUUUUCCGGUGCGCUUCAAAGCGAUACACUUCAUCGGUCAACCGUGGUACGUGGAGGCAGCACUGGCGGUAAUCCGACCGUUCCUCAAGGAAAAAACACGCGAUCGAAUAAAAUUACAUGGCGGCAACCUGUCGACACUGCAUGACUGUGUUGCCCGCGACAUCCUGCCGACAGAGCUGGGCGGAGAAGGGCCCACUUUCAAUCCGCUAAACUGGUAUCACGAGCUGCUCGAAUCAAGCCAAAUCUCCACGACAAAACCUGCGCCAUCGUACAUUCUAAGUCAGCCACAGUUCUACACGACACCACCGACGCUGGUCGCUGCUACCACAACCAACACCAACAUCACGACAGCAACGGCAACGAUGACGGCGGGUUCGGAUUUCCUGAAAAGUACCAAAGCUGCUGCUGUGAAAAUCGGCGUCCUCACGACCAAGGCGAACGAUCCGGCUGCCAAUAUGUUGCUCGGUGUGGGGAGCGACACGUGACGGCCGGUUGCGGCCGGGGCUCACCUGCAUUCGCACUCGGUGGAGUCUGGUUCGAUUUCUUGAUGAACGGUUUUGAUCUCAAAUUUCCAUACUCAUUCGAUCAUCCCAACCAGCUGGCAGCGGAUCACUCCAGUUUACGUUUAGAGCUUAAAUUCUGUUUUGAGUCUUCUCCGCGAGCUGUCGGUGAUAAUUUUCUGGUUUCCUCUUCCUUUUGGGCUGAUGCACGAAUGAUGAACAUCUUACGCUAUGAUUGUACUUUUCAAUCCUUACGUUAAAUCGCUCGAAUAGGUAAGGAUUGGGAAAAGUGGAAGAAAACGCGACUUCGUAGUCGUAAUGCAAAUGAACAAAAUUUAUCGUAAAGAAAAUAUUCCGUACAAACAAAAUUGUAUGUAGUCUACCGUUCGAAAGAAAGAAAACUCACACAAAACCCAAUAAACAUUAAAUCAAAUGAGCUUACAACUUCCUGGAACUGAAUGACGAUCUAGAAUAAGUGACCUAAUGAUAGAAAUGUUUGAUGCAGUUUGACUCCUAGAACCAACAGCUUUACUAACUACGUAACUGUAAUUUUUCUACAAGUUUAAAUCAAGUGUUAAAAAGCCAUGGCUGUUUUGUAGUAGUUCUACGACUGUACCAAGCGACGCGAUAUUAAACUUUGAGCUCAAAUGUAAGACAUUAUUCAGUCGUUCUGUAGUCUGUAAGUUUUCCUAUAUUUAUGUGUAGGUUAUUUUUCUAGUUUAUUACACUGUGCGUGAAUUAUCAGCAUUUAGUCGAGAACCGUGCAGGCGUUUCAACACCAUUCAUAAUUAGAAAUGAAUUCCGUCCAUAUGCAAGCGAACCGUAAUGCUAGUGCGCGUGUUUGUACAUCGAACAAUUAUGUAAGUGUAGGAGAUUGAGUUCAAAUAUUUUCCUAUUCUUUCACAAUGUUUCGUGAAAUAGGGCUUAUGUAUAAUAAAAUGCGAAAAAAUAAA